AUGAUUAUUAGGACAUUUCUUCUUCCCCAAAAUACCAAAUUCGACCGACCCAUCUUUCAAUUGUGUCUGCUUUGUCAAUCAGUUUCGCACCGAUCCAAUUUUUCAUCUUCGUCUUUUUCGCCAUAUCGAGAAUCUGGUAUUCCGAACUUGGCUAACUACAGAGACUGGUUAAGCCCUAAUGAAGUUGUCAAAAUUUUCGAGUCCCUCAAAGAUCCCAACUUUGCUCUUCCUGUGUUCGACCAAAUUUCUCAACGAAAAGAUUACAAUCCCAAUGAAGCCGUCUACACCAUCGUUAUCAAAAAGCUUGCCCUUGCGAAGAACUUUGAUGCCAUUGAAGCCCUUAUGGAAAGAAUCAAGCUUGAAAGGAAAUGCAGGCUUUCUGAGGAAUUUUUCCUCACUGUGAUGAAGGUUUAUGGGAAUGUAGGGGGGAGAAUAGAUAGUGCUAUCAAGACCCUUUUUGAUAUGCCUGAUUUCAAGUGUUGGCCUUCUGUGAAGUCCUUCAACUUCGUGCUUAAUUUGCUGGUUAACACUAAGCAGUUUGAGGUAGUUCAUGAAGUUUAUAUGGGUGCUUCUAAAUUGGGUGUUGAAGCUGACGCUUGCAGCUUGAAUAUCAUCAUUAAAGGUCUUUGUCAAUGUGGGAAAUUAGAUGCUGCAUUUUCUGUGCUUGAUGAGUUCUCUAAGCAGAAUCUUAGACCUGGAGUGAGGACUUAUUCUACUUUAAUGCAUGGUUUGUGUGAGCAUGCCCGUGUUGAUGACGCACUUGCAUUGUUAGAUAGGAUGGAAAGGGGUGGAGUUGAUCCAGAUGCUGUUACUUUUAACAUAUUGAUAUCAGGGCUAAGGAAAAAGAGAAGAGUUGAUGAGGGGAUCAAGCUUUUCGACAGUAUGAUGCUUAAAGGCUGUGAUCCGAACCCAGGGACUUAUCAGGAGGUUUUGUAUUGUUUUCUCGAUGACAAGAAAUUUGCCGAGGCCAAAGAAUUCAUGCAUAGAAUGAUGAGCAAGAACAUACCUCCAAGUUUCGAGUCCUACAAGUUGUUAAUCCAAGGCUUUUGUCGUGAGAAUCUUGUAGGAGAAGUGGAUUGGGCAUUGAAACAAAUGGUGAGGCAUGGCUUUGUACCCAAAAUGGGAAUGUGGAAGAGCAUUCUCCGAUGCCUGUUUUCUGGUAAAGAUAAUUGUCACCCUUUCUCUUAUGAAGAGAUCAUGAGAAGCUGCUAG